AUGGAAGUAUUCGGCACAGCAGAGGUUGAACUCUUGGGUGGGGGUGAAGGGCUCCGUGAUGACAUGUCGGCAAUUGACUGGUCACCUGAUCAUCUCCAAGAUGAUAUGUAUCCAGCGUCAGGAUUGGCUGUGGCUGCAGCUUAUCAUGACAUAAAGACUCGGCUUGCCAGUUUGGAGAGGGAGAACAGCAGCAUCAAGAGAAAACUCAAGCACUACGAGCUCAAGUUUCCAAUGAUCAACACGUUUGGAGAAGACAGAGCAUACUUUUCUUAUCAGCCUAUUAUUAAAGAUAACAAUAUCGCCCAAUCGGAGACAUCCAACCUGCAGCACAGGAUUAACUCUCUCACCCAAGAGCUUCAGAAGAGCAAGGACAGAGAGGAGCAGUUAGAGGACGUCAUUCAAGCCUAUGAGAAGAUUCACAUCGAGAAAAGCAAUAUCCAGAGAGAUCUUGACAAAAUGACCACUCUAGCAGAGCAGCAUAUGGAGCGAAUCUGCAGUCUGGAGACAGCUUUAAGACAAAGAGAAACUUCCCUUCAAAAACUAAACGCUAAACUCCGUGAUAAAGAUGAACAUCAAAGCCAACCACAUGCCAGUCUAGUUGUACCCAGAGAGGGGCGCCUGCAAAUGCUGCAGAGCUCCCGCAGUCUGGACGCUCUCUCAGACCUCAAAUUGCAGCGUCUCGAAGCUGAGUUGGAAGGAGCACUGCAUCAGGCUGAAGGAGCGUGUCAUAGAGAAAAAGAGCUGAGAGCGGAGCUUCAGAGAUUGCAGAAGGAAGUUGUCCAGCUACAAGAGGUGCAGAGACACAAAGAGGAGUUGGCCCCCCACUGUGAGCACUGUGAUGUAGAAUGGAUCAAAAAAGCUGGGGAUGAACAAGUUAAUCUUGCAUUGGCCUACACCGAGCUGACAGAGGAGUUGGGUCAAGUCAGAAAAUUGGCUGCAAAACAGAGCGACCUUCUACAUCAAAUCCCACAAGAAGCCAUUUGUCGUCCUCCUUCUGCCCCUCAGCGUUUCUCCCCUACAUCCCCCCAGUCUACUUCCCUAAACCCUGAGAGGCUGCUGGCCUCACCCCCACCUCCCUUGCACAACGGUCCCGCCUCCUACUCCCAUCACCCAACCAGCAGCAACCUUCGGGCAAAGUUCCAGGGUCGACGUAGUUACUCUGAGGUCUCUGAUCCAUCAGUCAUUCAGAGAAUGCCUCCUCGCCUUAUGAGAGACCCCGUAUCCACCCUGCCCAAGCCCAGGUCACUUUAUGGGGAGACGCAUACAUAUGGACAAUCCAAAUCGCAUCUCCGGCGCCCUUUGACAAGCCUGGUCCGACCCGCAUCAGCUCAUGGAGCUGGUGGGGACCGAAGAGUGAGAUCAGAGAGAACAGGGGGCAGCAGUCUGAGCAGCAGUCCUCAUCACCAUGCCCUGGAACUGGGUUUCCCUUUGACUACUGAGGUGCAUCAUUUCUGUCACCUCGAUGAUCAACCAGAGCCCACCCCAUUGGUGACACCCCCACACUCAUCAGAUGAUGAAGAGGAUGUAGGCACGUACCUCUCCACGGCCACCAGCCCUCCUCGAACACUUGGAUCCUUAUCACUGAGGGAAACAAUACUCCACCCCUCGUUCUUGACUCCGAGGAAACUUGGUCAAAUUCCAUCUUUCUCAGCCCCAGAGGGUCCCACCACACUCUCCUGCCAUCUGCCUGACUACAUUAACACUGAGCAUGCCCAGUCCUGGCCCUCCAUCAAUUUAUGGAUGGAGUCGGACGAGAGUGCUGUGCGAAGCUGUCCUCUCUGUCAGCUGACCUUCCCAACUGGUUACCCAGAUGAUGCCCUGAUAAGACACAUCGAUUCACACUUGGAGAACAGCAAGAUCUGA